ACUCCCGCCCGCGCUCGCAGUCGCAGCUCACCAGGGAAGAGAUGAUGCUGAUGAGGCCGCGGUUCCUCUCCCCCUCGCCGCCCUCCUCCCGCCGCGAGCCCCGCCCCCGCACCCUCUCCGAGGCUUCCAGAGUCCCCUCGUCCUCCCGUCCCUCCUCCGCCCGCCCCCGGCCCUCCUCCAACAAGCGCCCGCCGCCCAACCUCCGCCGCCUCACCGCCCGCAUCGUGGCCCUCACCCGCCGCAAGCAGCUCGCCCAGGUCAUGGCGGAGGUGGAGGCGUCCAAGCGCCGCGCUCGCUCGGGCAGGGAAGGAGGGAUCAACAUCAUCGUGAUGAACGCCGUGCUCGAGGCCUGCGUGAGCUGCGGCGACGUCGACCUCGCGGUCCAGCUCUUCGACGAAAUGCGCGGGCCCAUGGGGUGCGGCGUCGACGGCGUCUCGUACGGCGUCCUGCUCAAGGGUCUGGGGAUAGCUAGAAGGAUUGACGAAGCGUUCGAGAUACUGGAAUCAGUUGAGAAAGAUACUUCUGAUGGGAGCCCCAGGCUCUCUCCUCAUCUUAUAUGUGGUUUUCUAAACGCCCUUAUCGAAGCAGGAGAUAUGAGGCGUGCCAAUGCUCUUGUUGCUCGUUUUCGCCAAGUCCUUUAUGAGGGACACUCUGUGUUACUAUACAACUUACUGAUGAAGGGAUACAUAAAAAGCAACUUCCCUCUUGGAGCAUUAACUGUUAAAGAUGAGAUAUUGCGUCAAGGGUUGAAGCCUGAUAGAUUGACGUACAACACCAUCAUUUUUGCAUGCGUAAAAUCAGCAGAGAUUGAGAAGGCUUUCCAAUUUCUUAAAGAUAUGAAGGAUGAAGCUAAAAGGGAUAAUAAUCCUGAACUCCUCCCGGAUGCUGUUACCUACACAACAUUACUUAAGGGUUUAGGAAACAGCCAAGAUCUUUAUUCAGUUCUGAAGAUUGUGGUGGAGAUGAAAUCAUCACUUGUCUCAAUUGACAGGACUGCAUACACAGCUAUGGCAGAUGCCUUUCUAGCUUGCGGGUCCAUUGACGGGGCUCUGUGCAUUUUUGGUGAGAUAAUAAAGCAGGCUGGUGACAACAAAGAGUUGAGGCCCAAACCUCAUCUUUAUCUUUCAAUCAUGAGAGCUUUUGCUACUAUAGGUGAUUUUGAUAUGGUAAGGAGAUUGAAAGACCGCAUGUUGCCAGAUUCAGUUGGAUCCAUUAGCCGUUCAGCUAAACAAGAGGCAGAUGAGCUAUUGAUGGAAGCUGCUAUAAAUAAUAAUCAGGUAGAUGUGGCUAGAAGACUUCUCAGAAGAAUAGUUAACGGGAAGGAGCAUUUCUCUUGGAGAAGUAGAGUAGGCCUGGUGGCACUCAAAGUUGAAACGUUAUCUGGAUUCAGCAACUCUCCUUUUAGACCGCAUGUAUUUCCACAGAUUCUCUUGAAUGAUCCUGUUGAGAAGUAUAUGAUUCCGUUUCGAGAAAGUCGACCGUUAUCUGCUGACUUAAUCUUGGAGAGUGUUGCAAUGCGGUUCUUGAAAGACUCUGCAGUUCCUCUUGUGAAUGACUGGGGAAGUUGUGUUGGAAUAGUUCACAGCCGCGAUUGUACCGAGAUGGACUCGCCUCUUCUUUCAAUGGCGAGACCACCGCUGUGCGUGCCUUGUUCAACCUCGCUGGAGCACGUCAUUGAUCUCCUCCUGAGAGAGAAGUGCGAGCUGGUGGUUGUGGUGAAAAGCGGCAACAUGUAUGAAGGCAGUUACACAUCCAGCUCAAGGCCAGUGGGCAUUUUCUCCCUCGGUAUCCUGUCGGAGGCCACCGCCAACACGGCAAACACACACGUCGACGAGAGCGUCUCCGGUGGUUGAGUAGGCGUGGUUCUUCUUGCGUUGUUCUCCAUGGCUCGUCAUCAGUGUGCUUAAUGUUGUACGGGCAUGUACAAUGACGACAUAUGGAUACAUAUGUUCCAUGAGAAAAAAAUAGGUUGAGACAUCUAUAUUAAUUUUUUUUCUUCAAUGCAAGCUAUCAUUAGUGA